UAAAACAAAUCCCGAAGUUGGCCGAAGGUGAAUUAUUCGGGCGUGUUCGGGCAGGGUCCAAACCUUAUGUUAAUCUUAGCUCUCACAGGACUCGCAAGUUUCUCAUCUUAUAUACGUAAUCUUACCUCACGAUCUCACGUUGCUGGGUGCUGGCCAUUAAUUGUCUCUAACGAGUGUCGUAACAUUUGCACAUUGUUUAAUUUUUUUUUUUUUAAUAAAUAGGGAAAAUUGUUUUCUGUUAUGCCAGUUUUAACAAUUUUGGAUACUAAAAUUUUAUUUUAAUACUCAACUUUUAAGUUGUGUGUUGCAGGCUGUUGUGGGAAACAAGGCAUCUUCAUGCGUAUACGUAAAGCGGAAAUUUCCAUAAGAGGUAAAAACAGGAAACGCAAGUUCAGAAGAUCAUUUCCUAAAAUUUGGAACAGAAUAAAGCGUAGCAGAGUUUUUUAUGCGAUGAAUGCUGAUAUGAGUUCUGAUGUCAUCAGUCUAAUUGAUGAUGAGGAGAAUGUUUCAAGCCAGAGUACAGUUGGAAGGUCUGUUGUGCUCAGGGGGUCCCAGGAAACUAAAAGAGGACCACGGGGUAGAUGUGGGUGGAUGCGUAAACCAAACAGCCAGGUCACCAAUAUUGUUGAUUUGAGCACUGAUCAGGAACUGGAAUGCUGUGCCUCUCAGUCAAGAAGACAGCGUAAAAGGAAGGCUGCAGUUUUGGGUGUUGGAGAUGAAAUAGGCAUUCGUAAAAAGUUAAAGGUGAUGAACAAACCUGUGACAGUUGUUAGUGAUGUUGGAGAUGAAGUGAAAAUUCUUGGUUUAAACACUGGGUCUGUUUCCUCAAAGAUAAGUAAUUCAAAUGAUGUUGAAAUGUUACCACCAGAGAAAAAUUCUAGUUUGCUUAAAACUGAGAAAGCAAAACCAACUACCAGUAUGGAGAGAGUUCAGGACAAACCAAGUCUAGACCAGGAACAAGAAACAAAUGACAGUGUAAUUAUUUUAGAGGACAGUGAUGAUGAAUCCACGGAAGUUGUGAAUCCAAAUAGUGGCUGUAAUUAUAUUCCUCUGGCACGAAAGCGUCUCAACUCAUCGAUCGAAGUACUGGAUCACAUCCGUGGAACGCCACAAUCGGCAGAGUUGCUGGUUGUCAAACACAUUGCCCCUCCUUCGCAGAGCAGCUCCAAGCAAAGUAACGAGGCAGUCACAAUGUUUGAAGACCGUACCGGUAACUCUGAACAGUUUUAUACUCCAGAUUUUUGGAAGACUUUGAAGAAUCGACAUGCAAAUGGCCAGUCAAAGAAAAAGAAGCUGGGAUGUGUUGGAGUCAAAAUGCAAUCUAAACCAGUGAAGCAAAGAGAUGACAGUAAUAUUUAUAACCCAUCUCCUGUCUGUGAGAAAGGAGGCUUGCGCCCAAUCAUCAUUGAUGGCAACAAUGUGGCGUGGGGCCAUGGCAACCAUAAAUAUUUUUCAGCUUCAGGCCUUGAGAUUUGUAUAAAAUACUUUGAUCAGCGCAAACACAGAGUGAUAGCAUUUGUGCCUCAGUAUCGUAAGACCAGUAAAGUCCCCGGACUCAUGGACAUGCUAGACAAGUAUGAGAAGCUCGGCCAGAUAGUCAUAACACCUAGUCGCAUAAUUGAUGGAAAGUCAGUGUCAUCUUAUGAUGAUAGGUACAUUGUGCAGGCUGCUACAGAACUGGGCGGUGUCAUAGUGUCCACCGACAACUACCGGGAUCUCAUGGCCGAGAAUCAACGCUGGAAGGAGACCAUAGAGAAGAGGUAUCUUUCCAGUCAGCUGCUGAUGUUCACGUGGGUGGGAGACAUGCUGAUGUUCCCCCAGGACCCCCUUGGCCGUAACGGCCCUACGCUGGAGGAGUUCCUACGCUUUCCUGACUAGCCUCUGCCUCCACCGCUGCCCGUCUCUUCAAUGUUGUUUAUUCUGUACAUUGUAUGCACUAUUGUAUACCUUUUGUAUAUAAAUUAUUAAAAAAUAAAAUUUUAA